GCCCAGGCUGGCCUAGCAGUCACUAUGUACCUGAGGCUAACUCUGAACUUCUGAUCCUUCUGCCUCCACAUCUCAGGUAUAUGCCACAACGCCCAGCAACGGAGUGCUGAAGACCAAAGCCAGGACUUCAUGUCCAGGGCUUUUUGUAUGCUACCAACCAAGCCAGCAAACCACCCAGCCCCUCUUUUUAUGUCUCAUGUGAACACCAGCAACACUGAAGAGCAUGGGACCUAGAAGACAAAGGUUCGGCUAUGGAGGCUGGGUGCAGCUCCAACAUCAGGGCAAGGGAGAAGCAAGGAUGAUGAAAGACGGGAAGGUCUUCAGAGUGAUCCAACAGAACUGCUGGGACCCGGAAGCUCGUAUCAGAGAAAUGGACCAGAAAGGAGUAACAGUGCAGGCUCUCUCCACGGUUCCUGUCAUGUUUAGCUACUGGGCCAAACCUAAGGAUACUUUGGAACUGUGCCAGUUUUUAAACAAUGACCUAGCUGCCACCGUUGCCAGAUACCCUCGGAGGUUUGUGGGUUUGGGGACAUUGCCUAUGCAAGCCCCAGAGCUGGCCGUCGAGGAGAUGGAGCGUUGUGUGAGAGAGCUAGGAUUUCCUGGAGUCCAGAUUGGCUCCCACAUCAACAUGUGGGACCUGAACGACCCGCAGCUCUUCCCUGUCUACACUGCAGCUGAGAGGCUGAACUGUUCUCUGUUCGUGCAUCCCUGGGAUAUGCAGAUGGAUGGUCGAAUGGCCAAAUACUGGCUGCCUUGGCUCGUAGGAAUGCCAUCAGAGACCACCAUGGCCAUUUGCUCCAUGAUCAUGGGUGGGGUGUUUGAGAAGUUUCCCAAACUCAAAGUGUGUUUUGCGCAUGGAGGUGGUGCCUUCCCCUUCACAAUAGGAAGAAUCUCCCAUGGAUUCAACAUGCGCCCAGAUCUCUGUGCCCAGGACAAUUCAUCUGACCCCAGGAAAUACCUUGGCUCCUUCUACACAGACUCCCUAGUUCAUGAUCCUCGGUCUCUGAAGCUGUUGACAGAUGUCAUAGGAAAGGAUAAAGUCAUUCUGGGAACUGAUUACCCCUUUCCACUAGGUGAGCAGGAGCCCGGGAAGUUGAUAGAGUCCAUGGGAGAAUUCGACGAAGCAACAAAGGAUAAACUCACAGCUGGCAAUGCCUUGGCUUUUUUGGGUCUUGAGAGAAAACUAUUUGAAUGUCACAAUUAACCACAGGAAAAAAAAAACUUUCAAGAAGCUACAUCACUUCUGUUUUUGAACAUGAGUUGUAUACACAUCGCUAAAAUUCUAUUUUGAAUUAUGUUACCCAAAAAUAUGGAAUAUCCCCCUCAGGACAAUGCAGGAGGAUCAGGAAUUCAAAUCCCAGGCCAGUCUGGGCUAUAUGAGACUGUCUUUAAAUGAAAAAGGGGUGGGGAGUGGGGGGGUUAUAUUCCCAAAUAUUCUAACUUAAUAAUAACAAGAUGUUUCAUAAGGUCUUUAUUCUGAAAUGUAAUGUACUAAAAAGCAAUACAUUGCUACAUAUGCAAAUAAAAACUAUUUAAUUUGGAGAUUUAAAAAUUAAUGUAUAAUUAAUGAUCUACAUAGAGAAAAUCCAACACCAGCCUUAUUCUAGAAGGCUCAGGUGCAUUCUCUAUUUUGAUCCAAGAUAUGGGAAUUGUGCCCAAAUAAUCUGUUUUUUCCAGUUGUAACACUUUCCAAGAGUCUAGUCAUUCCCUGGGAAUGUUUUUGUCUUUGUAAACUACACACAGGAUAUGUGCAAACUCAAAUGUUCCAAAAGCCAGUUAAGAAAGUAAGGCAAAUGCUCAUGGAAUAAUUGCUGAGUGAUCCAACAGAAAGCUCAAAGACACUUCAGUCAAAUUUAUUUUAGUCUCCCAGAGUUUGGCAGAUCUUAGAACUUGGGCUGAGUCCAAGAGGAUGGAUGGACAUUUCUUUUAAAAGUAAAAAGAUGGUUGACUGGGCAUGACAGUGCAUGCCUCUAAUGCCAGCACUCAGGAGGCAGAGGUAGGCAGUGGAUCUCUGUUUGAGGCCAGCCUGGUCUGCAUAACAAGCUCUAGGCCACCCAGCCAAGGAUACAUAGUGAGAGUCUGUCUCAAAAAUAAAUAAGUA